AAAAGCUGCAAUGAUACAACCAGACACGAACCCAUGUUUCCUCGCGCUCCCUCAUUCUCCGAGUUCCCCGCGACAGCUGAGCUCUUCUCUGAUGCCCGCAACGGAGUCCCAAUCCGCUCCGUCCCCGGCGCCGGCGCGUCCGCGUGCGCCGCCCCCGCCGGUGCCGAACUUCCCCCCGCAGUCGGCACCCGAGGCUGCGCCCGCGAAGGAGCAGCCGGCUCCCGGACCUGUCCACGCCGCGGCUGCAGAACCGCCCACCAAACGCAAGACCCGCGGCAUUAUGCGCGCUAUCGGCGGCCUCUUUAAGCGCAAAGCCAGCGACGUGGACGACGCGAUGGAGCCUAGCGACAGUGAGGCCUCGCAACGCCGCACAUCGCGCUGGUCACGCUGGUCUCACUCGCAUCGCGGGUCGUUCCCAGAAGCGCCGCUCGAAGUAGCGGCCGUGGCGGCCCCCGAGACCGCCCCCAUCCAGGAGAACGAGUCGGCGGCCUCCUCGCCCCACCCGGAUGAGCCGCCGGCCAAGAAAGUGAAGAAAGCUACAGUUGAGCACCCCACGACGGAGAAGAAAGCCAGCCCCUUGUCUUUCAACAAGACCAAGCAGUCGCCCACCGACCCGUCAGAGCUGCUGAUGGCCGACUCGAGCGACGAGUCGGGAGCGGAACCUCAACGUGUCUCCUUCCUCUUCUUCGGAGGCAGCGACGUCGACAGCACGUUCCAGCCGGAGCUGAGGCCGUCGGAACUGGAUGAUCUGCAUGAGAAUGAUAUCCGUCCGUCGCUUCAAGCUAAGAUGCCGCUCUUCUUCUCACCGCCUUUGGUGGAGCAUAUGCGCCGCAGCAGCAUCCUGCCGGACCCGAAAGAGUACGAGUUUUAAUCUUAUGGGAAGGAUCAAGUCUGACGGGUUGGCGAUGGAUGAUUUUUAACUAUUUUUUGGUGUAAGAAGUAGCAGUAGCGUUAGCAUAUCGAUAGAGGGGAGAAAGCAGAGUAAGUUUCGGAAAUACAGACACCACAGACACCAACGGACUUGCCUCACGAUUGCUUUUGGAUGGGUGCUCGCGUAGUUGAUAUGGUCACGAAUCCAGCCAAUUUAAUGUAAGAGGAGACACGAAGUGAUGAAAAUGCGUAGAGGAAUAAUCCAGCUUUGCUCUCUCGAAGGACUUUACGAGCCUGUGGAUUCACUGUUGGUUUGUCUGCCAUUUCUGAG